AGAUGGUUUUUAUAAGUCAGAGUGAAUGUAAAAUAUUGAGGUUAUAGGCUGUGUGUUGAAUAGUUUAGCGAAUUUUAAAAUAAUAUGUACAAUUUGGAAAGUAAUAUAUAUAUUUAUUUGUAUCUGAAAACAGCAUAAGUUGCUAUAUUAGGGAACACAUACUUCAAAUUAACCUUACUACUUGGUUUCUGCUACCCCUAUCGCUGCUAUACUUUGAUAAGAUUAAUAGCAAUAAUAAGUAAUAGUGACUAAUACUAGUAGUAGUAAUACUAAUACCACUACCAUGUCGUCUGGCAGAAACUGAGGAGUGGCAGUUCUACACUAGUACUAGGAGAUUACUACUUUUUCAAAAUUUUGUGACAUUAAAACUGACAGUAACACUAGUAGUAGUAACUGGCACUUACGCCUUUAAGUUUAAUUUUAAAAAAUGGAUACAACACCAAAUGCUAGCCCAUCUCGCUUAUCACCAUUGCAAGAAACUGUUUAUGGAACAAAUGAUGACACUGGUUUUGUAAUGUCUGAAAAAGUUCAAAAUCUGGCCGGAAGAAUAUAUCAAGAAUUUGAAAAAAUGAUCGCAAAGUAUGAUGAAGAUGUAGUGAAAGAGUUAAUGCCACUGGUGGUAAAUGUUUUGGAAAAUCUUGAUCUUUCUUGCAUGGAAAGCCAAGAACAUGAGGUAGAACUGGAAUUAUUAAGGGAAGAUAACGAACAACUUGUAACACAGUACGAACGUGAGAAACAGUUAAGGAAACAUUCUGAUCAGAAACUACUAGAGGUGGAAUUCCGGGUCGAUGAAGUAGCACAAGAACACCAGAGUAAAUUAGAAAGCUUGGAGUCCCUUGUGAGGUUGUUGGAGUUGAAGGCUAAGAAUGCUUCUGAUCAUGCUUCAAGACUAGAAGAGAAAGAAGGUGAAAUGAAGAAAGAAUACACAAAACUUCAUGAGAGAUAUACAGAGCUGUUUAAAACUCAUCUUGACUAUAUGGAGAGAACCAAAAUGCUACUAGAAUGUGAAAAAGGAGAAAUGGGUACUGAAAAAUCAAGUCGGCCCACUCUCAGUCUGUCUAAUAUGAAACUUGGGUCAGUAACACAACAAGUCAACUCUGGAGAAGAUUCCCUUGCAUCCUUGAACAGCCCAUUAGAUUUUCCUAGCCUUACCUCACCUAAUUCUAGCUUGGACUUAAACACUAACCUGAAGAAUGAACUCCAGUCUCCUUCACCAUCCCAAGAAAACAAAACUUUACCACUUGCAUCAACUGAAAAGGAUCAGAGAGGUUGGGCUGGAGAGUUUGGAGCUGAUCUGUCGGAGACUUUAGGCAACACUCCAGAGCAAGAAGACAUUUCUCUUGAUAGUAAUGCUGACCUGGAUAAGGUUUCCUUAUAUGGAGAGGAAAGAAGAGCUAACAAUCUGUAUCAAGAAAUGAGCCAUAGAGAGUUGGAGUUAGAGCAACAAGCAGAUACAUCAAAAUUUGGGGUGAGUAAUGAUGAGGAGCAUGAGGAGGUUACUGACUUCUUUGGAAUGGGAAGAGAACUGGAAAGUCUUAUUAUGGAAAACAGCGAACUACUGGCUACAAAGAAUGCACUGAAUAUUGUCAAGGAUGAUUUGAUUUCAAAAGUUGAUGAACUGACUGGAGAACAACAGAUUAUGAGGGAAGAGCUUAAAUCCCUUCAAGCAGUCCGAGAUCGACUUAGACUGAAAGUUUUGGAAUUGGAAGAAGACCUGAAAAAGUCUAAAGAAGAAACUCAAAAACUUAAGCUUAAAUCUGAUGAUGAGGAAGAGAUUCCACUUGCUCAGAGAAAGCGUUUUACUCGUCUGGAAAUGGCCAGAGUCCUGAUGGAGAGAAAUCAAUACAAAGAACGUCUGAUGGAGCUACAAGAAGCAGUACGUUUCACUGAAAUGAUUCGAGCCUCUCGCCAUGAUAUAGCUGGAGACAAGAAGAGGAGAUCUUCUAUUUGGAAGUUUUUUAGCAAUUUGUUCAGUGGAACAGAAAAACAACGAAAUUCUAGUCCUUCUCCAAGUUUGAAGUCCUGCAUCUCUGGUUCUUCUGUUGUUGAUAGUCCAAGAAAGAAAGCAUUGAGUGAUCGUCAUAGAGGCCUUGAUUUUUCAGAAACAGAAUUAGCCUCAGAGAAACUUCAUCAUCAGCGAGCCAAGGAAAGGAGAGAGCAGUUGAAACAGGUGCGAGCCCACAUGCAGAAAGAUGAGGGUCGGAUUCAAGCCUGUGGCUGGAGUGUUCCUAACAAGACUUUAGAGGACGAGCAGACCUCAGGCUUUCCUACAGAAACUCCUGUUCCUGUUCCAGUAUACUGCCGACUACUUCAGGGCCAGGAUCCUGGAAUGAAAAUAUGGUGUGCUGUUGGAAUAAACCUAACUUGUAGUAAGAGUUAUAUCUCUAAAUCAACAAUCAUACCGGCUUUAGAAGCUGAGAAGGAGUCAAUCAAAGAAGCUGAAACUCUCUUUAGUGAUUCUGAAGAGGUAAGUCUAAUUGAUUAA